AUGGCCCCCGAGUCCAGCAGCUCGUGGGCCGCGGCGUCGCUCAAGGACUACUUGUUAAUUCCGUGGUCCACGAAGAGAAAGCGGCAGCCGGCCCAGCACGAAGAGUACAGCUGCGAGUUCGGCUCGCCCAAGUACCUGGCGCUGUGCAGCCUGGGCGGCGUGCUGAGCUGCGGCCUCACGCACACGGUCAUCGUGCCCCUGGACCUGGUCAAGUGCCGCAUGCAGGUGGAGCCCGACAAGUACUCGGGCCUGAUGAGCGCCUUCAACAUGACGCUGCGCGAGGAGGGCGUGGCGGGGCUGGCCCGCGGCUGGGCGCCCACGCUGCUGGGCUACUCCAUGCAGGGCCUCUUCAAGUUCGGCCUGUACGAGCUGUUCAAGCUGCGCUACUCGGAGUUGCUGGGCUCAGAGGCGGCCUACCAGUGGCGCACGAGCGUCUACCUGGCGGCAUCGGCCAGCGCCGAGUUCUUCGCCGACGUGGCGCUCGCACCCAUGGAGGCCGUCAAGGUGCGCGUGCAGACGCAGCCGGGCUUCGCGGGCACAAUGCGCGAGGCUGUGCCCAAGAUGCUGGCGGAGGAGAGCGUGUGGGCCUUCUACAAGGGCGUGGGCCCGCUCUGGAUGCGCCAGAUCCCGUACACCAUGAUGAAGUUUGCGUGCUUCGAGCGCACGGUCGAGGCGCUCUACAAGCACGUGGUGCCCAAGCCGCGGAGCCAGUGUAGCAAGGUGGAGCAGCUGGGCGUCACCUUCGUGGCGGGCUACAUCGCCGGCAUCUUCUGCGCCCUCGUGUCGCACCCGGCCGACUCGGUGGUGUCGGUGCUCAACAAGGAGAAGGGCAGCUCUCCGCUGGCCGUGCUGCGCAGGCUCGGGCCCCUGGGCAUGUGGAAGGGCUUCCUGCCCCGCGUCAUCAUGAUCGGCACGCUCACGGCGCUGCAGUGGUUCAUCUACGACUCGGUCAAGGUGUACUUCCGGCUGCCGAGACCCCCGCCCGCAGAGAUGCCCGAGUCCCUGCGCAAGAAGCUGGGGCUGCCCCGGGACGAGUGA